AUGGUGGACUUCAGUGAUACAGAGCUGGAAGCUGUUAUAAAAACUUUACCUUCGCAUGGUCUUUAUGAAAGUUUUGAUAAAGAUGCAAAUGACAGUGAAUAUAGUGGUGAAUGUAACAAGUUAAGCAAAAAAGAUGAUGAGAUUAAACAUCUUUGCUCGAAAUUCUUAAGAAAUUUGAAAGAUUUAAAAAAUGAAAAAGCAACAUAUGAUGAUAAGCAUCGUUAUUUAACAUUCUGGAUAUAUGACAAAUUAUAUAAAAUGUUUGGUUCAUCGGAACACAUGCACGAAAAACAGUUUAUUGAAAUACUCCAUGUAGGGAAUGAUUAUUACAAAAGAUUAAGUAAACAAUUAUAUUUGAACGAUUAUGAACACGAUUUUAAUAGGAUUAGAGAGAUGAAACAUUUACACGAUUAUUUUAAAAAUUGUGAAAAGAUUAUUAAUUGUAAAACACCUCCAGGAGAAUGCAACAAGUACAUUAAAUACGUUAGUUAUAUUAAGGAAUUGUAUGAAAAACAUUAUAGAGACUGCUGCUUUUUAUAUAAUUGUAUUGAUGAAUAUUUUGAUUGUGAUAGCAAGUACAAUCCAACUACAGUCCUUUCUGUAUUAAGAGGCAAUGCUGUCAUAUCACAUGAUGGAAAAGAAAAUGGUCAGAUUGUAAAAGAUGGACAACAAAACACUAUAGACAUUUCCAAGUUAAAGACUAAGAUGAAUAUUGCUUACCUGAAGUGUUUUAGUUCUUAUAAUGAAAAAAUAAACGAAAAAGAAACGGAUAGCAAAUUUGCGCAAUGCAUUUACGUAAAUCCCAAACAUGCAGUUCCUUCUAAAAAAGAAGUAAUUGUUUAUACUAAGUAUGGGAAAAAAUAUAAUCCUGAAGUACCUAUUAAAGUAGUUUGGACCUUACCAAAAGCUUUAAUUGAUCAAAAUGAAACGUCUCAGGAUUCUCAAGAGGUUGUAUCUGAGACGGUUGCUGAAGAAAAUGAUGUUGAAGCUGCAAGCAUGUCUGAUAUUCCUGUUUUGUGGGGAGGUGGUACUAAUUUAUUAAAAGACAAGAAAUUUCGCACAUCUGUUGCAACUGCACUAGCAGUAUUCGCAAUGAUCCUUUUUUACUUAUAUUAUAAAUAUACGCCCUUUGGAAAUUGGAUAAGCAGGGGUGGUCCCAGGAAAAAGAAAAAUAACUAUCCUAGUUAUGAGCAUCCUAGGGAGGACCUACUAGACAGUCACCCAGAACCUAUGUUGCAAAACAUGAACAAAAAAAGAAUACGAUUGGCCUAUCAAGCAUAG